AUGCAAGCCAAGCGACAUGCCAGCUUCGAGAGAGCUGGACCAGGAGUGUCAGAAUUGGAUGUUGCAGAAGAUCCGCCUUGGAAUGGCAAAGUUUUUGCAUCGGUCGUCAACGAAAUGAAUCCGAAUCUUGAUUGGUACGAGGUAUUUGAUCGACUGGACGAUGUACAAAUGCUAGUCAUACGCAGACAAUCUCUCAUUACUCUCAUUGAUGCAUUGAAAACAGGACUCAGGGAUAAACCUUUUCCAAUAGCAAAGCUUUAUACGAAGUGGCGAUGCAGGGAAGCACAGUUGUCAUUGAUAUCGUCAAUGUUGGAAAAUCCAGAUGUAUUUUGUAUAGCUGAUUAUCCUCAUAGAUCUGUGCCAACGGGAACACUAAAAAGCACACCCGAUGAAAGUGACCGACUAUUGGCAUCUUGGUGUUGCGUCGAACUGACAGAGCUACUAUUAACGAUGGCUGGCGAACAAAAUGUACAGACGGCUGCCAUCCGACUUCUGCAUGGUGCACUUGAGAAGUGGCCCGAUGUCGUAUUGCUGGCAUUGUUCCAAAUACCGCCACCCGUCACGGAGCUUCGUCAAAAAUUCAUCGAAAUGAUACUGCCAAUGUUUAUACAUCACCAUACAAAUGCUGUAUCCGUGCUGAAUGCAAUAUGGAACAGUGAGGUGAGAAUUAUGGCUGCGACACUACUUUUGGGUACAACAUUGCUCUUUGCAGUUUUGUUUUGUAAAUUUUUCAUCAUUACUGCAUUUGUAAGGAGUGGUUAAAA